AUGUCUGAGAGAUACAGGUUCCACACCGUUUCCCUGUCCAGUGGAAAGCAGAUACUACGCUUCCGCAGCACACUACAGCUGUCGACCGCCUCUGCACGAGCCAGCUUCCGCCAUCUCUUCAUGGUCGUGCAGGUACAGUCCGCUGCCGAACAUAUAAUCCGCGUAGCCUCAGCAACCCUUCAGUCUCUCACCGUCCUUCUCAUGUCCUCUUUCGAGGUCUUCUAUACCCGCCUGCUGGAGCUGCGCCUACCGAAACUGACAGCGCUCACAGUGCGAUUCUCGGACUCUGCAUCGGACCCGAGCAUUUCCCCUCGGCUGCAGCCGGCGUUCCCGCAUCUCCAAUCCUUGGAAGCCGCGUUCGCCUACGUCCCAUCCACGCACACGCGGUUCCUCUGCGACCCGUGCCAGAGCGGCAUAGGUAGUGCCGCGCUUUAUCGAGCCCAUGGCAACAUGCUCCGGGUACCGCGGCUCGACGACGGGCCGCAUUUGCUCCUCUCGCUCAUCCAGCCAGUACCCCCACAUCGCGCGUAG